AUGGCGGCAUCGUCUAUCCACGAAAUGCCGGACAGCGGCGAGGUGUUCGCAGACCACGAGUUUGACAAGAACAACGCUGGCAUCACCGAUGAUUGGAUUUCGAUCAAGCAGCUGUACCCGAGCGGCGUGAACCAGCCGCUGCUGCCCGAAGUAUUCUCGCGCGAGCAGUUCGGUCAGGGUAACCACUAUGAAUGCUUCAUGCUCUCGGCACUUGCACCGCUGAUCCGCUUUCCGGAUGUGAUCCGCAACUGCUUUGUGACGAAGAAGGUGCGCCAGGAUGGCCGCUACACGUUCCAGUUCUUCCGCGGACAGGAGUGGGUGAAGGUCGAGAUCGACGACCGCAUCGCCAUGGAAGAAGGCGAGGUGCUCUAUGUUCGCUCCCCGACUGAGCACUGGUGGCCGCUGCUGCUGGAGAAGGCGUACGCGAAGUUCUACACGGCCUACGACCACCUCGAGGGCUGCACAUUGCAGGAGACAUUCCACGACCUGACAGGCAACCCGGUGCUGAACAUCCCCAUGGACGCCAAGCUGGCCAAGGCAGCAAACUGCAAUGUGCUUGAAGGGCGCUAUUGGCUCGACUUGGCGCAGCGCAUCCAGUCUGGAGAGUUUGUCGCGUCAGCCCUCACCAAGGAUGUAGAGGUGGAGACGAUGGGUCUGCAGCGCGAGCAGCAGUACGGCGUGCUCGAGAUCUUCUCCCUCCACGGCACAUCGGCGCUGGAUGACAUAGUUAUUCAUCUGCACAACCCUUUCGAAGAUGACGAGUUUCUCUACAGUGGCCCCCUCAACCCGAACGACUCGGCGUGGUCGGAGAAGCAGCGGGUCAAGUACGACGUUAUCAACCCGCGCUCCAUUUUCCUGCCACUGAACGUUUUUCUUCGCAUCGUCAAUUCGAUGCAGCUGUGCUACAUCAGCACCGUCGCCUCGGAUGCGACGUACUUUGAGGACGAGUGGAAGGGUGAGUCGGCCGGCGGCAACCCGACGUACGUCACGUGGCGCAAGAACCCGCUCUACUGCAUCAGCAAUCACGGCACAGAGGCGGUGACGCUCUCCUUUGUGGUCAAGCAGGAGGACCAGCGGCACCGGAAGGGCCCGGAGGAGACAAUCACGUACAAGCAGUGUGGCAUGAUACUCUCCCAGUACUCCUACCUCUACCCGAUCCCGACCUUCUGGGUGACCGGUAACAACCACAAGCCCAUUUACAAGGGCCUCCUGCUCAACUCGCGCGAGGUGGCGAGCAGCGUCAUCGUUCCGCCGCAGUCACUCUGCUACCUUGUGCCUUCCUGCAUCCAUCAAGGCGAAGAGGCCAAGUUCCUGCUGUCCGCCCACCGCAUGGUCCAUGAAGACUACAGCAACAUCACCAUGAAGAAGCUCACAGUGCCUGAGAUGGACUGGGAGAGCCCUGCUGUAGGAACGGUGCAGCUGCAGAUGCGCACUAAGGACCGUUUGGACUUCUACGUCGAUGAGCCUACAGACGUCCAUAUCCUUCUCCACCAAACAAAGCCCUACGUCAGCCCCAAGACAGGCGGCGAUGCCAUGGCGCAGGACUACAUGGGCAUGUACCUCUACGACGACACGGACCGCAAGAUAGCCGGCGUGCACGCUGCCACGAACUUCCGUGAAACGAGCAUCAUCCACCGCCUCCCUCGCAGCGGUCGCUAUGCCAUCUCCAUCACGUGCCCGCGCGGUAAGGGCCACAUACCCGCCAACGUCACCAUUGUGUCUUCCUUUGGCAGCCAUAUUCGCCGCGUCAAUGCACCAGAGGACGCCGCCAUGCUGCCGGAUGAAGCGGAGAACGUCGCAGAUAGCGAAGGCGUAGACACACGAGUCGCUCGUAUCGACUACAACCCGUUCCAGGAGCCGCCAGUCGAUGUGCGUGAGCACCCAGACAGUAACGUGCCAUUCGAGGAUCGCGGAUUUAUGUUGAGCAACCGCGAUGUGACAUCGGAGCCAUGGGUGCACAUCGGCGACCUUUACCCAGAAGGCAAGACGAGGCCGCUGCUGCCGAACGAGCUGAGCCGCGACCAGUUCGGGCAGGGUGCAAUGUACGAGUGCUGCUGCCUUACUGGGUUCGCCACUCUGCUGGAACACCACCCCGACGUGAUCCGCAACUGCUUCAUCUCGAAGAACCCGCGCAAGGACGGCCGCUACACGUUCCAGUUCCACCGCUACGGGCAGUGGAUCAAGGUGGAGAUCGACGACCGCAUUCCGAUGGUGAAGGGCGACACGGUGUUUUGCCGCUCGCCGACGCACCACUGGUGGCCGCUGCUGCUGGAGAAGGCGUACGCGAAGUUCUACACGCUUUAUGAGAACUUGGCGGGUUGCUCGCUCGCUGAAGUGUAUCACGACUUCAGUGGGUGCCCUGUCAUUAACACGCCUCUGGACGAACCGACAGCAAAGUCGGCCGGGUUCGACAUAACAUCUCCGGUUUACUGGGUGGGGCUGAGGGACGAGCUGCGCACGACAGCCGUGGCGGCCCAAUGCGGCGACAACGCAGAGAGUCUCGGCUUGGCACCUCACCAGUUUUACGGAAUCCUCGACAUUCUCGCCACCUCUUAUCCCCCUCGCACUCUCAGCGAGGUCAUUGUGCAGCUGCACAACCCGUACGCGGAGAUCUUCUACACUGGCCCCAUGUCCGACCCAGCAGAUCCGCGGUGGGCGUCGCGAGAGAUGCGCCACUGCAACGCCACGCAGAAUACCAUUUUCGUGCCAGUCGAUGUCUUGUUGCGCUCUUUUUUUACCAUCUCGCAGGCUCAUCUUCGCGGGCUCAUGGAACCGUGCUGGAACUUCCACAGCGAAUGGGGUGACGGCACGAACGGUGGCAACCCGUCGCUGCUCACGUGGCGCGAAAACCCGCUCUACAUCGUUCGCAACACAGGCAGCGAGACAGUGGAGAUGAUGGGCAUGAUACGGCAGCCGGACAAGCGGCACCAACUACACUUGUUGCCCGAGCUGAGCUACGUGCGGUGUGACCUCCUCCUGGCACAGAGCAUGGAGACUGAUUCGAUUCCGACGUACCUCGUCACCCACAACAACCACGACGUGGUGCACAAGCGCAUCUUCCUCAACUAUCGCGAGGUGGCGAGCAAGAUUCGCGUUCCGCCGAAGUCGCAGUGCUACCUUGUCCCAACAGCCAUGUACCACGAGAAAAGCAUCUUUCUGCUCUCGUACUGGUACCGAACACCAGCGGACGAAGGCGCGGUAAGCAUGGAACGCCUUCGUGUCAACGUUGCCCGUGACUUGCCGGCUGUCAAGCACGUCACACUGGUGCCCGAGGGGAAGGAUAGAGUCGACUUCUUCGUCGAUGUACCAACGGACGCGCACAUCCUUCUCUCGCAAUGGAACCGCGACGCGCGCGGCGGUAGCGACGUGCGCACCGACAACUACGUUGGCAUGUACCUUUACGAUGACGCAAAUCAGCAGAUGGCGCAGGUGUCGGCGGCGUCGAAUUUGAAGGAAAUCGGCCUAGUGGCGCACCUGCCUGCCCAAGGCCACUACGUGCUCUCCAUUACGUGCCCGGCGUCGCGAGACGAGGAGGUGAAGUGUCGAGUCGAGAUUGUGUGCGUCGAGAUGGCGCGGGUGCGCAUCACAGAUGUGUACGAGAAUCCGUCGAGCUUUGAAGAGCUCGAGGAGGAGCCGCCGGUUGCACUAGUCGACAGUGAUACGGCGCGGAGUGACGCUCGCGACGACACUCAAUCCGUGGAGGCAACCGCGAAGACGCGGCCGCCUGAGAAUACGGAGGCGAAGGAAAGGGAGAAGACGCCGUCGCUGUCGUUUAUGCGUCCGCGGUACCAGGGCAUCUGCACGGCGGACCUCCCGCUCAUGGAAACCCCCGCCUUUGCAAAGAUGGCGGGGGAGAGAGAGCAGCUGAAGAGACACGCUUUACAGAACGCAGCUCACAUGAACUCUCUCCAGAAUAAGAUGGAGGACAUGGCAACGAGGAUAGCCGAUGACAUGCACGACCAAGAGCGCGUUUUCCUCGGACCCGAGGUGGAAGGGGUACCGCUGGAACUGCUCCCGUUGAACGAGGACGAGGAAUUCACUGGGCUGGAGCACGAGCUGCGAGUUGCCAUGCGCGAUCCUCAGAAGAAUUGUGACGACGUCGUGGCACUGCGCGAAACGCUAAAGGAGCGUGCGGGGGAGAUGGCGAAGAAGAUGAAGGAAAACGAGCGCGAACUCUUCCUCAACCCCAUGCCCUUGGGGAUUUCAUGUGAUGGUUUACCGCUUGACACCGACCCAGAGUUCCACGCGCUCGAGGUGGCGCGGCUGCGCGAGCGUCAGGAGGAGUCGUGCGACGAGGCCAAGAUUCACAAGCUGAACGACGCCCUCAACGAGCGUGCCGAGGACUUGGCAAGGGCGAAGCUCGCGGCGGACCGGCAGUAUUUGAAUCCAGAGCAUCUGCGUGUGGCAGUAGAUGAGCUACCGCUGAACGAAGAUCGAAACUUUAUUCUCAAGGAGGCACUACGACAGGAAAAGCUGCAGAACUCGCGCGAGAGCGCCGCCGCUAUCGCUGCGUUGGAGAACGAGCUGAAUAACAUGGCAAAAGCGAUGGCGGCAGAGAUGCUGGCCAAGCAGCGCCCCAGCUACCUCGCACCGGAGCACCACGGGCGGCGCAUUGAGGAUUUGCCGCUCAACGACAGCGACGACUUCCUCAAGAAAGAGCGAAGGCGACGUGACUUGCUGAAGCAGCCAAGCUGGGACAUAGACGUGGUGGCAGAGAUUGACAAGGAGCUGAGCGAAAUGGCGGAUGCGAUGGCCAGAGCGAUGAACGCAGCAGAGCGCCCACAAUACAUGAAAGCAAGCUACUACGACAAGACCCUGAGUGAGCUGUCUCUGGAUACCGAUUCCAUCAUUGCCCGGCUGGAAGCUCAACGCGCACGACUGAAGCGCAACCCUGUGCGAAACGCAGAGGCCAUUCACGCAACUGAGGCAGCGAUUAUCAGCCGCGCUGAGGCGCUGGCAAAGGCAAUGAUCAAUGAGGAGCGCGCGAGACUCUACGGCAAGCCAAGCGGAGUGCCCGUCAACUUGCUUGACCUCGAUGACGACCAAGUCAUCCAACGUCUCGAGGAGGAGCGGAUGGAGCUCUUAAAGAUGCCCAAAACGGACCCCCGUGCCAUCGCCAGCAACGAGGAGAAGUUGAAGGCCCGCGCGGCAAAGAUUGCAGAGGACUUCCGUGAUAACAUGCGAGUCCAAAUCACGGGUGAGGGGCACCGAAGCCCGUCUGUUAUGUCCAUCGGCAGUGACGCACCGUGCCAGGACCUGGAGGAAAAGCUCUACGCCCUCCUGUCCGAAGAUCCGAUCGCCAACGAGGACCAGAUCAGCGAUAUCAAGGAUGCCAUUCGCAAGCGCAACGCGGAGCUCAAGCGGCAGGCCGUGCAAGAACUUCGCGCCUUCCUUGACGAUAAACCUUUCGGCAUUCUGUUGGCGGACGUGGGUCUUGACCAUGAUCCUGAGUACAUGGAUAGAGAGAAGAAGCUCAAGAAGGGCCUGGCUGACAAUCUGCUCGCAGCGCAGAUCACGUCCCUUCAGGAAGGCAUGCAACACCGCGUGAACGAGCUGGCAGCGGAGGAGCUGACAAAACGCUACCCAUUCAUUCACACACACCCGGCUGGCAUCCCUCUCGCCGCGCUUCCGUCUGUAGGCAGAGACCAACCUUUCUGGGAAGCCAUCGACAACUUCGACAAGGCAAAGACCCACAACACGUGCCCGUCUCAGCUAAGCGCGUACGAGAAACCUGUGAAUGAACGACUCGUUGAAAUUGCAGAGGCCGUGAAAUGGAAGGAGCGUGACAGCUUUCUCCACUCCAGACCAGGCGGCGUGCCUCUAAAAGCCCUUCCGCUGGACAAUGAUCACGACUUUAUCGCCCUUGAGACUAGGCGUCGGACCAGCCUUCAAUCAGGCAUCGAUCCUCAAGCAGAAGACAUCCAAACACUCGAAAGUGCUCUGAGAACUCGCGCGCACGACCUUGCGUGCGAGAAGAAGUGGGCGGACCGUGACCGGGUGCUGGACCCGAAGCCGGAGGGCGUGCCGCUGCGCUGCGUCCCGCUGGACGAGGACCCGGAGUUCGUGGCGCUGGAGGACGAGUGGCGCGGCCUGCUGCAGGACCCACAGCGCAACAGCAUGCCGCUGAAGGACCUGGAGAGGAGGAUGAACGACCGCGCGCACGACCUUGCGUGCGGGAGGAAGUGGGCGGACCGCGACCGGGUGCUGGACCCGAAGCCGGAGGGCGUGCCGCUGCGCUGCGUCCCGCUGGACGAGGACCCGGAGUUCGUGGCGCUGGAGGACGAGUGGCGCGGCCUGCUGCAGGACCCACAGCGCAACAGCAUGCCGCUGAAGGACCUGGAGAGGAGGAUGAACGACCGCGCGCACGACCUUGCGUGCGGGAGGAAGUGGGCGGACCGCGACCGGGUGCUGGACCCGAAGCCGGAGGGCGUGCCGCUGCGCUGCGUCCCGCUGGACGAGGACCCGGAGUUCGUGGCGCUGGAGGACGAGUGGCGCGGCCUGCUGCAGGACCCACAGCGCAACAGCAUGCCGCUGAAGGACCUGGAGAGGAGGAUGAACGACCGCGCGCACGACCUUGCGUGCGGGAGGAAGUGGGCGGACCGCGACCGGGUGCUGGACCCGAAGCCGGAGGGCGUGCCGCUGCGCUGCGUCCCGCUGGACGAGGACCCCGAGUUCGUGGCGCUGGAGGACGAGUGGCGCGGCCUGCAGCAGGACGCACAGCGCAACAGCAUGCCGCUGAAGGACCUGGAGAGGAGGAUGAACGACCGCGCGCACGACCUUGCGUGCGGGAGGAAGUGGGCGGACCGCGACCGGGUGCUGGACCCGAAGCCGGAGGGCGUGCCGCUGCGCUGCGUCCCGCUGGAUGAGGACCCCGAGUUCGUGGCGCUGGAGGACGAGUGGCGCGGCCUGCUGCAGGACGCACAGCGCAACAGCAUGCCGCUGAAGGACCUGGAGAGGAGGAUGAACGACCGCGCGCACGACCUUGCGUGCGAGAAGAAGUGGGCGGACCGCGACCGGGUGCUGGACCCGAAGCCGGAGGGCGUGCCGCUGCGCUGCGUCCCGCUGGAUGAGGACCCCGAGUUCGUGGCGCUGGAGGACGAGUGGCGCGGCCUGCUGCAGGACGCACAGCGCAACAGCAUGCCGCUGAAGGACCUGGAGAGGAGGAUGAACGACCGCGCGCACGACCUUGCGUGCGAGAAGAAGUGGGCGGACCGCGACCGGGUGCUGGACCCGAAGCCGGAGGGCGUGCCGCUGCGCUGCGUCCCGCUGGAUGAGGACCCCGAGUUCGUGGCGCUGGAGGACGAGUGGCGCGGCCUGCAGCAGGACGCACAGCGCAACAGCAUGCCGCUGAAGGACCUGGAGAGGAGGAUGAACGACCGCGCGCACGACCUUGCGUGCGAGAAGAAGUGGGCGGACCGCGACCGGGUGCUGGACCCGAAGCCGGAGGGCGUGCCGCUGCGCUGCGUCCCGCUGGAUGAGGACCCGGAGUUCGUGGCGCUGGCGGACGAGUGGCGCGGCCUGCUGCAGGACGCACAGCGCAACAGCAUGCCGCUGAAGGACCUGGAGAGGAGGAUGAACGACCGCGCGCACGACCUUGCGUGCGAGAAGAAGUGGGCGGACCGCGACCGGGUGCUGGACCCGAAGCCGGAGGGCGUGCCGCUGCGCUGCGUCCCGCUGGAUGAGGACCCCGAGUUCGUGGCGCUGGAGGACGAGUGGCGCGGCCUGCAGCAGGACGCACAGCGCAACAGCAUGCCGCUGAAGGACCUGGAGAGGAGGAUGAACGACCGCGCGCACGACCUUGCGUGCGAGAAGAAGUGGGCGGACCGCGACCGGGUGCUGGACCCGAAGCCGGAGGGCGUGCCGCUGCGCUGCGUCCCGCUGGACGAGGACCCCGAGUUCGUGGCGCUGGAGGACGAGUGGCGCGGCCUGCUGCAGGACGCACAGCGCAACAGCAUGCCGCUGAAGGACCUGGAGAGGAGGAUGAACGACCGCGCGCACGACCUUGCGUGCGGGAGGAAGUGGGCGGACCGCGACCGGGUGCUGGACCCGAAGCCGGAGGGCGUGCCGCUGCGCUGCGUCCCGCUGGAUGAGGACCCCGAGUUCGUGGCGCUGGAGGACGAGUGGCGCGGCCUGCUGCAGGACCCACAGCGCAACAGCAUGCCGCUGAAGGACCUGGAGAGGAGGAUGAACGACCGCGCGCACGACCUUGCGUGCGGGAAGAAGUGGGCGGACCGCGACCGGGUGCUGGACCCGAAGCCGGAGGGCGUGCCGCUGCGCUGCGUCCCGCUGGACGAGGACCCCGAGUUCGUGGCGCUGGAGGACGAGUGGCGCGGCCUGCAGCAGGACGCACAGCGCAACAGCAUGCCGCUGAAGGACCUGGAGAGGAGGAUGAACGACCGCGCGCACGACCUUGCGUGCGGGAGGAAGUGGGCGGACCGCGACCGGGUGCUGGACCCGAAGCCGGAGGGCGUGCCGCUGCGCUGCGUCCCGCUGGACGAGGACCCCGAGUUCGUGGCGCUGGAGGACGAGUGGCGCGGCCUGCAGCAGGACGCACAGCGCAACAGCAUGCCGCUGAAGGACCUGGAGAGGAGGAUGAACGACCGCGCGCACGACCUUGCGUGCGAGAAGAAGUGGGCGGACCGCGACCGGGUGCUGGACCCGAAGCCGGAGGGCGUGCCGCUGCGCUGCGUCCCGCUGGACGAGGACCCCGAGUUCGUGGCGCUGGAGGACGAGUGGCGCGGCCUGCUGCAGGACGCACAGCGCAACAGCAUGCCGCUGAAGGACCUGGAGAGGAGGAUGAACGACCGCGCGCACGACCUUGCGUGCGAGAAGAAGUGGGCGGACCGCGACCGGGUGCUGGACCCGAAGCCGGAGGGCGUGCCGCUGCGCUGCGUCCCGCUGGAUGAGGACCCCGAGUUCGUGGCGCUGGAGGACGAGUGGCGCGGCCUGCAGCAGGACGCACAGCGCAACAGCAUGCCGCUGAAGGACCUGGAGAGGAGGAUGAACGACCGCGCGCACGACCUUGCGUGCGAGAAGAAGUGGGCGGACCGCGACCGGGUGCUGGACCCGAAGCCGGAGGGCGUGCCGCUGCGCUGCGUCCCGCUGGACGAGGACCCCGAGUUCGUGGCGCUGGAGGACGAGUGGCGCGGCCUGCUGCAGGACCCACAGCGCAACAGCAUGCCGCUGAAGGACCUGGAGAGGAGGAUGAACGACCGCGCGCACGACCUUGCGUGCGAGAAGAAGUGGGCGGACCGCGACCGGGUGCUGGACCCGAAGCCGGAGGGCGUGCCGCUGCGCUGCGUCCCGCUGGACGAGGACCCCGAGUUCGUGGCGCUGGAGGACGAGUGGCGCGGCCUGCUGCAGGACCCACAGCGCAACAGCAUGCCGCUGAAGGACCUGGAGAGGAGGAUGAACGACCGCGCGCACGACCUUGCGUGCGAGAAGAAGUGGGCGGACCGCGACCGGGUGCUGGACCCGAAGCCGGAGGGCGUGCCGCUGCGCUGCGUCCCGCUGGACGAGGACCCCGAGUUCGUGGCGCUGGAGGACGAGAGGCGCGGCCUGCUGCAGGACCCACAGCGCAACAGCAUGCCGCUGAAGGACCUGGAGAGGAGGAUGAACGACCGCGCGCACGACCUUGCGUGCGAGAAGAAGUGGGCGGACCGCGACCGGGUGCUGGACCCGAAGCCGGAGGGCGUGCCGCUGCGCUGCGUCCCGCUGGACGAGGACCCCGAGUUCGUGGCGCUGGAGGACGAGUGGCGCGGCCUGCUGCAGGACCCACAGCGCAACAGCAUGCCGCUGAAGGACCUGGAGAGGAGGAUGAACGACCGCGCGCACGACCUUGCGUGCGAGAAGAAGUGGGCGGACCGCGACCGGGUGCUGGACCCGAAGCCGGAGGGCGUGCCGCUGCGCUGCGUCCCGCUGGAUGAGGACCCGGAGUUCGUGGCGCUGGAGGACGAGUGGCGCGGCCUGCAGCAGGACGCACAGCGCAACAGCAUGCCACUGAAGGACCUGGAGAGGAGGAUGAACGACCGCGCGCACGACCUUGCGUGCGGGAGGAAGUGGGCGGACCGCGACCGGGUGCUGGACCCGAAGCCGGAGGGCGUGCCGCUGCGCUGCGUCCCGCUGGACGAGGACCCCGAGUUCGUGGCGCUGGAGGACGAGUGGCGCGGCCUGCAGCAGGACGCACAGCGCAACAGCAUGCCGCUGAAGGACCUGGAGAGGAGGAUGAACGACCGCGCGCACGACCUUGCGUGCGAGAAGAAGUGGGCGGACCGCGACCGGGUGCUGGACCCGAAGCCGGAGGGCGUGCCGCUGCGCUGCGUCCCGCUGGACGAGGACCCCGAGUUCGUGGCGCUGGAGGACGAGAGGCGCGGCCUGCUGCAGGACCCACAGCGCAACAGCAUGCCGCUGAAGGACCUGGAGAGGAGGAUGAACGACCGCGCGCACGACCUUGCGUGCGGGAAGAAGUGGGCGGACCGCGACCGGGUGCUGGACCCGAAGCCGGAGGGCGUGCCGCUGCGCUGCGUCCCGCUGGAUGAGGACCCCGAGUUCGUGGCGCUGGAGGACGAGUGGCGCGGCCUGCUGCAGGACCCACAGCGCAACGCGAAACGUAUUGCGGGCGUGGAAGAAGACAUGAGUGCUCGUGCACUGUGGGUUGCGCAAGCAAUAAAUCAAUGGAAGGAGGAAGGUGAUCGAGAGGAGUAUGAGGAGUAUGUUAAACGCGGCGCUUCUGAUUUUCGCGACGUUGAUGAUCGCAAUACUGAUGAUCUCACUCUGGCGACUUCGGUGGUAAAUGGGACGCUGUCAAUGAAGGAGGGGUUCAAAGAGUUGCUGGGGACGGAGGUGGACGGGGUCCCAAUUCUGCUGCUAAAUUUAGACGAAGACUCUGUCUUUUCUGAGCGUAAUCGAGUGUACAUGGAGUCAGGGAGGUUAGGGCUUGACCGAAGUAGAUUAAGUCGGCUCGAAGAGGAGAUGCUCGACCGCGCGCACGCACUUGCACGGCGGUUCAAGGAUGCGGUUCGAAAAGUCAUCGUUGGCGAGCAGAUGUCGCAGAUGGCCGAAGGGGGCGCGGAGCUCGACAGCGACGAGAUGUUCCUUGCGUUGGAGCGGGAGCUCCACAAUUUAGAGGCAUGUGACCCUCAUGGCAAGUCUGGACGGAGGGCGGCUUUGGAGGAGUCGAUGCGGCAACGCGCGAGCGAGUUGGCGAAGCCGCUGCCGCACAUUGAUAAUCGUGGGAUUCCGGUAGACAUGCUGAACGAGCGGUCGAAUGGUGACCUAUGCCAUAAGCGUCCUAGCGGUGGUCAGCAGCGCCGCUCAUCAACGGAUACCGGGCACGGUGAGCUCGGCAUGGACAAGAGGGGGUGUCACAUUGCUGAUGAGGCGGUGGCAGACGACGCGCUCUUGUUUUUUGGCAGGGAGGUGUACGGUAUUCCUGUAGACAGGAUUCCGCUCCGUGAAGACGAGGUGUUCAGAGGGCUGGCUGAAGAGAGACGACGCGUCACCAGCCACCCGGAGGACUACUCGGCUGCUUACAAGGAGGAGGUCGAGGAUGCGAUGCGCCGUCGUGUGGAGGAACUGGCGGAUGAAUACAAGAGGGACCACGCGGAGCGCACAGCUGCACGGGAUGAACGUCCAAAGAUGCCCGCAAAGCCGAAUGGCGUGCCAAAGGAGUCCGGCAGCGCUGCGCGCCGUCCGCGAGCAAAGAAGAAGCUAAAGGAGGUGGAGGAGCGAACGGAGGAGCAUCGACUGGAGACCGUGGAAGAGGCAUCCCCGUUUACGGACCCGUCGUUUCACAGCGCGAACAAGCAGGUGGCGGACACCUGGCCGCGCAUUGCUGAUGUAUACCCAGAAGGUCUCACGCAGCCUCUCUUGCCAGACUAUCCCAAAGCGUCGGACAUGGCGUCCUCUGCCGGAGACUUGACGUAUCUCGCGCCGUUCCUGGCGGCGUUGAGCCGCCAUCCACCGCUACUUCAUCGCCUUUUCCAGACAAAGAUGCACCCCGUCCGCGCGCCGUAUAGAUUCGUUUUCUUUGACCCUAACAGCGUUCCUGUCACGGUUGAGAUCGACGACAGAAUCCCGUGUGACGUGAAUGGCGUGCCGCGGUUCACAGUUUCGCCCAGUGGUGCGUGGUGGCCACUGCUGGUGGAGAGGGCCUACGCGAAGUAUGUCGGCGGUUACGAGCGGUUUGACCAGUGUACAUCGCACGAGACACUGCGAGACUUAACUGGCCGACCUGUCACGCAUCUUCCGCUGGACGCAAAGCUUUCAGCGGAGGUGGUGGGGUGCAAUUAUCGAGAUGUGGCCUUCUGGCGGCGCAUUCACGAGCAGCUAGAGCGAGGCGACGUGUUCGUGGCGGUGUCGGGCGACCUGGUACCGGAUGGGAUUCACCCGCACUGCUACUACGCCGUUUUCGACGUGAUCGAGACCGUGCCUGGGUCGAAUGACCCGUCCGAUGUCGUGGUGAAGAUUCACAACUGCUACCACGAUGCACCACAGUACCGUGGUCCACUGGCGAUGGGCGAUUCUGAUUGGACUCCCAUAUUGCGGUCUGUGUGCAAGGCAGACCCGGAGAGCGAGCCAGAGUUCCUGUACUUGCCACAGCCGGUGUUUUUGCGCAACUUCUCCAGCAUGCAGCGUUGCCACAUCAACUGCGGGGAUCGUCUCACAGUCUCUGGCGAGUGGGCCGAUGAUUGCAGCGGCGGCAGUCCAACGUACACAACGUUUCGCCAAAAUCCAAUGUACCUGUUACAGAACAACUCGAACUGCAGCGUGACGGUACUGGCUGAGCUGCGUCACAGCGCUCCCGUCUACUACGAUGCACACAGCAUGGGGGUGUACCACCUGACGGCUUUGGCGCUCUUGCGGCCUGACAGAAACGCACAGCUUGUGGCGCCGCUCCUGGCGCACAACACGCACAAAUUUGUGCAGAAGGGCCUUCUCACCGAUGCUCGCGAGGUCUGCGCGGAGAUGGAGCUGCCGGCGAACAGCACGUGCUACUUAAUCCCCUACACCAAAAAGAAGGCCUGCUUUGGAAAGUAUCAGCUCUCUGUCUACCCGCAAGACAACCCGGUGAACCUCACCACGCUUCGUCCAAUCACCGAAACGCACAACUGCAUGACGAAAGAUGUUGUGGUGCAGCCCGGCUCUGGCACUAGCGCUCGCGUCGAUAUUAUGGUGAGCGAGCCAUGCGACGUUCACGCUUUGUUGCACCAGAACAAGGUGACCGAUCCGACGGCGAUGAGGCGCGGCGACUACUUAGCCGAGGAUGAGAUAUUCAUGGCCGCCUACGAAAAGAAUGCUCUUCUCGUAUGCUCUACCGGAGACGCGUCAAACGCGCGCGAGCACUCCGUCGCGUUCCGGGCGGCAAGGGCUGGGCGCUACACCUUCUUGAUUGGUUGCCCUUCCAGGCCUGUCUCUGGAGAUGCUCCGUGCACGUUGAUCAUCUACACACCAAAAUUUGCGCAAGCAAAUUUUGCCUCCGUGAAUGAGUCGACACGCUCCAGAGUCCCGCCACGCGUGCAGCCUGUCAACGCCGCCACCACCUCCGCAAGUGCUCGUCUGGGCUUGAGGCAAUUCCAAGCGCCGCAGAGCUCGGCGCCCGUUUCCAACGGCGCAGUGCAUACGCCGCGCGGCAACCCGCGCAGCCGUGAGUACUCGCAGUAG